CACCACAUCACUCACAGACCUUAUAAAGAACAGCGUCUCAGAAAGAUAGAGCCCCCGAAACAAAGCUAACGUCGUUGAUAAUUCAGGUGUCCGGGUAGCUUACGUAUGUGCAAAUCGAUCGUCCAGAGCUAAUAUUAGUGCCGGUGUUGUAAAUAGGAUUAUACUCUAUAGGCGAUGGUUUGCUUCUGUUUUUUGGUGGAUCAGUCGAAGAAGGUGCGGAGGAGCAAGCCGGCGGCUGGAAUAUGCUCGAGGUGCGGCGGCGGAGCCAGCGUGGCAGAUAUGAAGACCGCCACGAGGUUUUGCUAUGUUCCGUUCUAUUGGAAGAGGUGGAGGGCUAUCAUCUGCACAUUCUGCGGAGCCGUUCUUCGCUCCUACCCUUGAAUUAAUUAAAUUAAUUAAUUAAUUGCUUCCCAAUGUUAGAACUUA